AUGGCCGUCCAAUCCACCCCCACCCCGGUCCCCAUCUCCAACCGCUCCCUCAAACAGCUCUUAUCCGAUCUCACCUCGCUCUACGUCAAGAACCGCACGCGCAUCUCCCGAACCAUCUACGUCGCCCUCGCGCUCGCCUUGAUCCAUCGAAUCCGCGGCGCGAUCAAAGAGCAGAAAGCCGCCGCGGCCACAGCUGCCGAGAACCGGCGCAAAGGCCUCGGUGGGAAAGAGGAUGGCAAGAAGAAGGCGGAGCUGAAUAUCGAGUUCUUCAGGAACUUGGGACGACUGUUGAGGAUAUGUAUCCCGAGCUGGAAGAGCAAGGAGGCGAGGCUUUUGGGGAGUCAUUCAGUGUUCCUGGUGUUGAGGACGUUGAUUAGCUUGUAUGUUGCGGAGCUGGACGGACGGCUCGUCAGUGCGCUGGUGAGAGGGAAGGGGAAGGAAUUCAUGAAGGGGUUGGUAUGGUGGAUGCUUGUUGCCGUGCCUGCGACGUUCACGAAUUCCAUGCUCGCGUACCAUCAGACGACGCUGUCUCUGGCGUAUCGAUCACGACUUACGAACCAUAUCCAUAAUCAAUACUUGGGGAAUUUGACAUUCUACACGCUCUCGGCUCUGGACGACCGGAUCAAGAAUGCGGAUCAGCUUAUCACGGUGGAUGUUACCAAGUUCUCGAACAGCCUUGCCGAGCUGUACUCCAGCCUCUCAAAACCUGUCUUGGAUCUACUGAUAUACAACUGGAGUCUGUCGAGGAGUGUUGGAGGCGAGGGCUUGUUUGGCAUGAGCUUGGUCGUGCAGAUGAGCGCGGUCUUGAUGAGAGCAUUGACUCCGCCAUUCGGGAAAUACGUGGCAGAAGAGGCGAGACUGGAAGGAGAGUUCAGAGCAUCUCAUUCCAGACUUAUCGACUUCAGCGAAGAGAUUGCGCUUUAUGAUGGACAUGAGGCCGAGAAGGACACAGUCGACAAGGGGUACUUCACGUUGAUCAAGCAUGUCAACCGCAUUCUGAGGAGACGGCUGUAUCAUGGAAUCAUGGAAGAGUUUGUCGUGAAAUACUUCUGGGGCGCGCUUGGACUGCUUCUGUGCUCUGUGCCGGUAUUCUUCAAACUCCCAGGAGCACUGCCAGGAAGCACUAGCACAGGUGACCGGACUGAAGCCUUCGUCACCAAUAGACGACUCCUGAUGUCGAGCAGCGACGCAUUUGGCCGUCUCAUGUUCUCCUACAAGGAGAUCUCGGAACUGGCCGGCUACACGAGCAGAGUCAGCAUGCUCAUGGACGUGAUUGCCGAUAUCCAGCGAGGCCACUUCGAGAAGGCUCUGGUGUCGUCAGCUUCGACUGAAGCCAACGCGGCAGUGCUCGCCGGUCGGGGAGAGCUGGAAGAGGGCGAGGACAUCAAAUUCGAAGGCGUGCCGAUUGUCUCACCAAAUGGUGACGUCCUGGUCAAAGCGCUGUCGUUCCACAUCGGACGAGGCGAUCACUUGCUUAUCGUCGGACCAAAUGGAUGUGGUAAGAGCUCAUUGUUCCGGAUUCUUGGUGGUCUCUGGCCUGUCUAUGGCGGGAAGGUUCGCAAGCCACCCAGCGAAGACAUCUUUUACAUCCCACAAAGACCGUACCUGAGUAAGGGCACGCUUCGGCAACAGAUCUUGUAUCCUGACAAUCUGUUGGAUAUGCGCGCCAAAGGCAUCACGGACCAGGAUCUGAUCAGCAUUAUGAGCACACUUGGGCUCGACCCAUUGUUGGAGCAAGUGGGUAAUAAGACAUCGACGGUCGAUCCUAGUGCACCGAGCAGCCCCGUGGAUGCUCGCCCUGCAAAAUCAUCUGCCGAUCAAGGAGCCCUCGAUGCAGAACACGAAUGGGCAGAUGCGUUGAGCACUGGGUUUCAGCAGAGAAUCGCAGCCGCCCGACUAUUCUACCACAGACCCAAGUACGCCAUUCUGGACGAGUGCACGUCGUCCUUGACGCCAGAGGUAGAAAAGACCAUGUACGAUGAGGCGAAACGUCUGGGUAUCACCUUGAUGACUGUUUCCCACCGACGCUCCUUGUGGAGGUACCACGGCUGGAUCCUGCAGUUCGAUGGACAGGGUGGAUAUGUCUUCACUCAGCUGGAUGCAGAGACUAGGCUGCAGCUGGAGGAUGAGAAGGAUGAGCUGGAUCUUCAGUUGAGAGCGGUGCCUGAAUGGGAGAAGCGUAUUGCUGAGCUCGAGGCUGGUGAGCGCGAGUGA